GAGAGGGUGGAAUGAGCAGCUGUCUUCUCCAAUCAGCCCAGCGUGCCUCACUCAAAUAAACUGCAGCAAACGCUGGUGUUUCACUGUGAUGGGAGCUGAAGGAGGAUUCCCUCAUCCGUGUGGCAUUUACCAGUGAUUGAGAUAUGGACAGUUUCAGUACUGAGGAUUGCCUGAGCAGCACACACAUGGAGGAAGCAGAAAUCAUUAGCCAGCAGAAGAAAGUGGAAAAUUCAGAGCAGGUGGGUGUGUGCCCCGAAAUCAGCACAGCGCGAUCCCAGGACACUGAGAGCAGCUCUCGCUACAUGGUCUUCACUUACUUCAAAGGAGACAUUAGCAGCAAGGUGGACGAGCACUUCAGCCGAGCCUUAAAACGAGCCAGCAGUCCCAUAGACAUCUCUUCCAGAAGGAAAGUGGAGAACAUUGAACCAAAGCCAGAUGGGAAACAGUCUGCACAUCAAUGGAGUCCUCGAGCUCAGAUCUGGUCCAGCCCAUACCAAGGACCCAGCCUCUCUGCUGCGCCCAUAAAUGCUGCAGGUAUACCCAUGUCUGUGGCUCAGUACAGGCCAGACAGCCACCAGAAUCUCCGUCUGCAGCCCCACGAGCCAUGGCUCUUACCCACUGUGAGCAGCCAGAGUCUUGACGUCAGCAUCUAUCAUCAGCCAGUCCCUGAGCUGCACCGAAUGAUGCCAGCUACAAUAAACAACAGACAGUAUAGCUCUCUUCUGGCACCGCUGCGGGGUGAGAGGCCAGCUGCUGAACCCAGCCAGCAACAGACUGUGCCAAAGACAAACCCCACGUCCAGCUGGGCAGGCCCAGGACCUGGGCUGACUGAAGUGAGGCAGAGUGUGAACCCUGACCUAGGUUUCCAACAUCAGCAGAGGAGGAAAGACAUCUACUGGUAUUAGGUGGAGCUGUCCUGCUUUAAUCUGUUCUCAAAUUUAAUCAUGAUCCUCACCACUCACCCAGAUCCAUCGCUGCCCUAUCACUCUAAACUCCCUUUUGUCCUGAUAUCUGCUACGUUUUGAUUCCAGGACUUUGUGUUUUUGAGCUCUUCCUGAACUUCACACUCCCAGUGCAGCUCCCAGUGUCGCUCCGAGACUGGGAAGAUAGUUGGUGGUGAGGCAGAGAAACCAGAUGUACAAUGUGUAAAUUCUGGGAGCCUGUUUGUUGAGGUGGAUUUCCUACAACAUGCGGAGGGUUUGUAUAACUAAAAGGCAGCCAUUCGGCCCAUCGAGUCAGUGCCCGUUAUUCACCGGGUAAUCAGGCAGUCAGAAAAAAUUAAUAUCUUGUAUAAAAGUACCAAAUUUUUCACUCAGACUUUGUCUGGCCUUAACCAAUAGUAUUGUCCCAUCAGGUGCAGAGAGAGAUUUGGAUUCAUUCAUUGAUGAGCUUCUAAUUGUGACAGGCCAGAAAGACAGGGUUAAUGUGUUUCCUCAAGUUAAAAACUGGCUUUUACAAAUGCACAUCUCAGGGUAUAAGAAAAAUUUGUAAACCACUUACAUCUAUGUGGCUCCAUUAACCUGGAACAAAAGUGCUUCACAGAAGCAUUAUUUGACAAUAUUUGGCACUGAGGCACAGAAGGAGGUUUGGGGAGGGAAUUCCGGAGCUUAGGGUCCAGGCAGCUGAAGGCAUGGCCACCAAUGGUGGAGCAAUUAAAAUGGAGAAUGUACAAGAGGCUGAAAUUAGAGGAAG